AAACAUCACACCACAAUCGCGAGUCUGAAGUCCGUCGAGUCUUAAUUAGGCUCCCUGAGUGUGUGACAAUGGUAAUCGCUAGCCUCCCACGUAGCCUGGGCGACUUCUCUGUCGCUAUUGUAUGCGCAUCCGCCGAGGCCAGUCCCAUCAGGGCUCUUUUCGACGAAAUAUACCAUCACGAAGGGGAAGCGUCCUUUCGGGUCUCGGAUGACCCCCAUGACUACACGGUUGGAAGGAUGGGCAGACACCAAACGGUCCUGGCAUACCUUCCUGGACGAGGCAAAGUCAGCGCAUCCCGCCUCGCCUGUCGACUCAAGAUCACGUAUCCUGAUCUCCGGAUCAUCCUGGUCGUUGGAACAUGCGGUGCCGUACCCCGCGCACCCGACGGGAGGGAUAUAUUCCUGGGGGACGUGCUCAUGAGUACUGCAUUGAUCGAAUACGACCAGGUCCGACGGUGGCCCAACUUCGUUGAGCGAAGAAUGCGCCCUUGGGAGGUACUCCCGCGCCCCGCCCCUGAGCUUAGUUCUUAUCUAAACAAGCUCCAAGCCACGCGAGGCCGGCAGCGAGUGGAGGCUCAGAUGGGCGAUCAUAUGUCUCAACUCCAACGCGCUAUGGGGCACGCGGUGGCUGGCUACCCUGGUUCGGAGGCAGAUCGGCUGUAUCCCUCUAAUGUCCCGACAGUGACAGCUGCUUGUGUCUCUCCAGUGCCGGUCAGACAGCGCUCAGCCGACACAGUAUCCCCAUCUCUCCACUUGGGACAGGUGGGCACGGGCGAAGGCAAAGUGGCAUCCGCGCACUCUCGAGACCAACUAUGCGAAAGAGAUGGCAUUAUCGGCUUUGAAUCCGAAGCCAUCGCGUUCUGGUACGACAUGCCCUGCGUCGUGAUUAAAGGGGUGGCCGAUUAUGCUGAUGGACGUGAGAACGAGGUCUGGACCCAGUAUGCCGCUGCGACGGCCGCCUCAGCAGCGAAGGCCUUUCUGGCGCAAUAUUGCCCCCCGGAGCGCAACACGGAGCCGAUCAAGUUGAAUUUCUCGGUGCCACCCGUCCCAAGCGCGCCGUGCUGUUUCUCCAUGGAAGCGAAAUAGGAAUGGAAGCUCACUGUCGGAUCCGGCUCUUUAACACGAAGCCUAAUCAGUGCAAGGAAACGGGCAAUUU